AUGAAACCGUAUAUCGUGUUUUGCUUCAUCGGACUAGCUGCCGCUUUAUAUACUGUUCCACCUCGCCCAACAAAGAAGUUCGAGCUCAAUAUAACUUGGGGCACCAAGGCGCCCGAUGGAUUUGAGCGCCAACAAGCCUUAAUUAAUGACCAAUUCCCUGGGCCCCCUCUUAUAUUUGACGAGGAUGACGAUGUUGAGGUGACAGUGAAUAAUUACAUGCCAUUUAACACCACGGUACAUUGGCAUGGUAUUGAGCAACAUGGAACAUCGUGGUCAGAUGGUGUGCCUGGAGUCUCACAGGGCCUUAUUCCCCCUGGCGGAAGAUUUGUUUACAAAUUUACUGCUUCACAAUACGGAACAUACUGGUAUCAUUCGCAUUGCGCAGGUCAAAUAAUGGAUGGCAUGUAUGGGCCGAUUUAUAUUAGGCCACGAGAAAUUCCUACAAAUUUGGCUAGUAUGAUAUCAAACGACACACAGGAACAUAAUCAAAUCCACAAUGCCAUUCGUAACCCCGAAUUGCUGAUGAUUUCCGAUUGGUACCACAAUACAUCAGAAGAGCUCCGAGACAUUGCAAUCUCUGCAAAUAUUGAUACAUUAUGUGCGGAUUCUAUCUUGAUCAAUGGCAAAGGUAGAGUGCGCUGCCUCAACCCUGUCUAUUUGACCACCCUGGCUACUCCACUACUGGCCCCCCUGCUCCAGGGUAUGAACUACACAGCAAAAGGAUGUCUUCCGGCUCAAAAUACCCUUUCUCAAACAGCAUUUGCUCAGCAUAACUUCACCGCAAUACCACCAUCCAUGUUUGACCAAUGCAAUGCCACAGAGUCUAUGGAGCAAGUGGUAAAAGUUAAUCCCAACAAGGGUUGGGUAAGCCUCAAUCUCAUCGGCUCCGCAUCGAUCUCCGUCCCAGCAGUUUCUAUCAACAACCAUUCUCUCUGGGUAUAUGAAGUUGAUGGUCGAUACAUCGUACCCACCAAAGUUGAUACAUUGUCAAUCAGUAUCGGUGCUCGCUACUCGGUUCUAGUUCAAUUGAACAACACGCCAGGCGAUUAUCUGAUAACAGCAGCCAAUUCAGGACUCAACCAAAAGGUUGCCGGGUACGGCACUUUCUCCUAUGUCAACGGUGACUCCUCCGUCGUGGGCACACCCUCGAUCAACUACGGUGGAAACAGUAGGAGUAAAGAUGUCGUUGUGCUGGACCAGACUAGGAUUAAGCCGCUUAUUCCAAGUAAACCUAGCAAUGAAGUGGACCAAACCUUUCUGCUCCACAUUGGUCGUAUUGAAAAAGCCUGGAAGUGGUCUCUCAAUGGAUACCAUUCGUACGAUCUGUCUCUGGAGUCAGAGAAGCCAAUGCUAUGGGACCCUGAAUCAUAUGCACACAGUGACCUGGUUAUCACUACGAAAAACGAUACUUGGGUAGAUAUUAUCUUCGCGUUGGCUGGCAACGAAUCGACUAUCCAACCUGGUCAUCCGAUUCACAAGCAUUCAAACAUGGUUUAUGUCCUCGGUGCUGGUAUGGGCGAGUUCAAUUGGACUUCUGUUGCAGAAGCCGAACAGGAAAUCCCAGGGAAUUUUAAUCUGGUCGACCCUCCAAUGAGAGAUACCUUCACAACGCUUCUUGCAUUGCAAAGGCCAAGCUGGCUGGCAGUUCGCUAUCAUGUGCAAAACCCCGGAGCCUUCUUUCUCCACUGCCAUAUCGAUCCACACCUUACUGGAGGAAUGGCACUCGCAAUUUUGGACGGAAUUGAUGAGUGGCCUAGCGUCCCUACACAGUAUGGUCCAACGGGUCAUUGGGGAAAAGCACCCGAAUAG